AUGGCCGUCUCUACUGCCAUUUCCCAUCAUGGGUUGACUUCUGAACUCGUUCCAAGCGUCACUGCGGCAAUUGAGCUCUUGGGUCUGAGCGGCAUUGCUCUCCAGCUCCUACUAGAAGAUCUCGUCUGCGGACAGCCGACAGCCACAGCUAAACUACUCGGCGUCAUACCGAACAUUCUGAAGGCAGCAGGUUUAGCAACCAAAAAGGCCUACAUUAGUGGAUUUCGGAACGGGGUUUAUUUGUGCAGCGUCUUUUGCAUUUCUGGGUCUUGUCUGGCCAGUGAUCCUAAGAACAAUGCCGAAUACAGCAAGCGUCUAAAAUAA